AUGCAACACCAGCAAGAGGUUCACCAACAGUCCUACUCAAGUCGUCAGUAUCUACAUCGCUCUUACUCAUAUCAGGUCGGCUACGAUACCUGCCACUCGUCCGAUGACCAGAUCCUUCAACAGGAUAUGCCGCCGGCGUUGCAGAGAGUCGAAACCAGUUCUCGACUUCUCGAAGACGCUUGUCACAUGCUCAAGGGUGAUCCGUUCUCGGUACCAGCCCGGAAGAAGCUCAUCGAUGGCGCUCGGGGUAUUCUACAAGGAACCAGCGCUUUACUGCUCUGUUUCGAUGAGUCAGAGGUGAGUGAGUCACACUUUUGA